AUGUCAGACAUACUUCACAAGUUAAAUUUCAAAAUAGCAGAUGCUUCAUCAGAAUAUAAAACUCGUAGAGCAAAUCAAAUGAUAAGAUUUUUCACUUUCAGUGCAUUAUCAAUAUUUACAUUAAGAAUAAUAAAUAAACAAACAAUAAUAAGACAAUAUAUUCCAACAUUAUUUCAACAAAAUCAUUCACCACCAACAUCAUAUAAUUUUACAACUGAUGCAGCUGUUGCUGUUGGUGCGGGCACAUUAGCUUGUGGAUCCAUAUCUGGUAUGUUUAUAUUUGGGUUAGCUUGGAUAUUAGAUGUUUCAAAUUUUAAAGAAUUUGGAUAUAGGAUGAAACUGAUUAUGGGUGGGUAUGAAAAUUUACAAAAAUUAAAUGAAAUGGAAAUGGAUGAAGAACUGAAAUUAAUUCAAGAUGGUUUAAAUGAUUUAUUAGAUGGAAAAUUUGAUAAUAAUAAUGAAGAAGAUAUAAAGCUGGAAAUUUUAAAUAAAAUUAAAGAAAAGAAAAUUAAUUAA